UUCUACAAGACAGGAGACAUUGCCUACUUUAGUACCGACGGAUCGUUGAUUAUAGUAGGUCGAAAGGAUAACCAGGUGAAGCUACACGGACAGCGGAUCGAACUUGGCGAAAUCGAGUUCCAAAUGCGCGCAGUUUUGGGGAAAUCCGUAACAAGUGUGGCUGUUGAUGUCCUAGGGCCCGCCACCAACAACAUCCAAACAUCAUUGGUUGGUUUUAUUGAGAACAGCUCAGCCAGUGUAGAGACUGAUGUUCAACGCAAUGAUGGAGGACGUACAGAUGUGAAUGAAGAUAAUCAAGGCAAGACCAUGCUAUACGACAUACCUCCCGUUCGUCUUGAGGCGAUUCGGGAGGCUUUACGGGCUAAACUACCCUCCUACAUGGUUCCUUCUACAGUUUGGUCUCUGAACACGUUUCCUAAACUCCCUUCAGGAAAGAUGGACAGGAAAACUCUUCGC